AUGCUGAAUUUCACGGUGGGCAAAGGACGUGCGGCAAGCGAUGGUCGAGUGUACGAUGUGAAGAAUCUGAAGGACAGCGUGACCGUGCAAGCGUGUUUGGCCGUUUUUGAUGUGCUGUUUUUGAAUGGUGAAUCGUUGAUGAACACAACGUUGGAGAGACGAAAACAACUGCUACGAGAUGGCUCUGUGUUUUGUGGUGAAGACAGAGCAGUCAUAUUCAAUGCUGACUUCCAUGUAGUCAACAGUAGGGAUCAGUUCGUGGAAUUGUACCAAAAUGCGAUGCGCGAUGGUGAAGAGGGCAUUGUGGUGAAGAAAAUUGAUUCGUUUUACAAAAUUGGCGUCCGCUAUAUGGUUAAUGGAUGGUUCAAGGUGAAACCGUUUCAUUUGGGCGAAGAAACGUUAGAUUUAGCAAUUGUUGGUGUGGAUCUCGGAAGGAACGGUUAUAUC